AUGACCAAGAUCCUGCUUCGCGGAGCGACGCUGCUCAUCCAUGACGAGAGCUCCCAUGUGCAGCCUCGCGUCAGCGACCUGCUCAUCGACGGAAGCAUCAUCAGCCAGAUGCGCGAGAACAUCGAGCUCGGCGAGGACGAGUCCAAGACCACCCGGGUGAUUGACUGCCGCGGCAAGAUUGUGAGCCCCGGCUUCAUCAGCACCCACCACCACCUCUACCAGACGCCCCUCAAAGGCCAGCAUGGCAACGACACUUUGAUUUCGUACCUGCCCGCCGGCAACUUUGUGGCGUGCGAAUACACGGUCGAGGAUAUGUUCUGGGGUCAGCUCAGCGGAGCCAUGGAGGCCAUUGAUGCCGGCACUACCACCGUGGUCGAUCACUCGAGCCCAGCGCCGUCCCCUGAUCAUCACAAGAGCUGUAUCGACGCGCUCAUCACGUCGGGCAUCCGCUCCGUGUACUGCUACCUGCCGCCGCGGACGGUGCACGGGUGGUCGUCGCUGAGCUUCUCACAGGACUACACGUCGGCGGCAUCCAUCGACGAGUUCGUCGCGCUGGCCGCACAGGCACCGUGGUCAUCGGGGCGCAUACAGCUGGGCUACGCCAUCGACAGCUUCUACCACGCGCCCGACGCGCUGGCGAACCUGUUCGCGCGUGUGCGCGGGGCGGGCGCCAAGCUGAUCACGACGCACCGCAUCAACGGGCCCAUGUACGGCAGCAGCGCGCCGUCGGCGCUCGAGCAGCUCGAGCACCACGGGCUCUUGGGCGCCGACAUCCUCGUGUCGUACAACAACUUCCCGCGCCCCGCCGACGCCGCCCUGCUCGCCGCGUCGCGCGCCAGCAUCUCCACCACCCCCGCUACAGAGAUGCAGAUGGGCCUGCCCCCGCUCGCCCUGCGCGACGGCUUCUGCGCCCACGCCAGCCUCGGCGUCGACUGCCACAGCUGGGGCACGGGGUUCCUGCCGGGCCAGAUGCGGCUGGCGCUGCAGCACGCGCGGUGCGAGCGCGGCGCGGCGCUCGAGAAUAACGGGGGGCGGUGGGCGCGCUCCGUCGGGCCGACGGUCGAGGACGCGUUCAACGUCGGCACGCUGGGCGGCGCGCGCGCGGCGGGCAUGGCGGGCCAGCUCGGCCGCAUCGCCGUCGGGUUCAAGGCGGACCUGGUCGUCUUCGCCACCGACAGCCCGUCUAUGCUGGCCGCCGCCGACGAGGACCCCCUCGCGGCCGUCGUGCUGCACGCCAGCGAGCGCGAUGUGGACAUGGUUAUUGUGGAUGGUGUUGUGCGCAAGGAGGGCGGGGCGCUGCUCGAUGUCGAGGCGCCGCAGGAGGCUGUUGUGCCGCCGGGCAAGGGCGGGGUUGUGGUUCCGGGCGCGCGCUGGCCGUGGAGGGACGUCGCUGCGCAGACGCUCAAGACGAGGGCGCUGCUCAAGGAGCGGGUCAAGGGGAUUGACUUCAAAGCCGCCGAGGAGGUCAUUAUGGACGUCUUUCACCAGAACCGGAAGGACAUGGUUGAGUGA